AUGGUUUCGGUCCAGGACUGCCACAAGCCCUCCACGGAGGACAAGCUGCAGGGGAAGGUUAGGCACUACUAUAUUGCUGCCGAGGAACUCGUCUGGAGCUACGCGCCCUCUGGAGUAGACACUUUUACCAAGGAGAACUUAACAGCCCCUGAAAGUGAUGCAGGCGUGUUCUUUGAGCAAGGUCCCACAAGAAUUGGCGGCUCUUACAAAAAGCUAGUUUACCGUGAGUACUCGGACGCCUCCUUCGCGACUCGAAAGGUGAGAGGACCUGAAGAGGAGCACCUGGGCAUCCUGGGUCCCCUCAUCUGGGCUGAGGUAGGUGACACCAUCAAAGUCACCUUCCGUAACAAGAGUCCACACCCCCUCAGCAUUGAGCCAACGGGGGUGAGAUUCAGCAAGGACAACGAGGGCACGUACUACACCCCCCACAGCACCCUCUGGAAGGGAGGUGGGUCCCCUCACCCUGCCUCUCAUGUGGCACCCCAAGAAACCUUUACCUAUGAGUGGACCGUGCCUGAAGACGUAGGACCCACUCAUGCAGAUCCCGUGUGCCUGGCAAAGAUGUAUUACUCCGCCGUAGAUCCCACCAGAGAUAUAUUCACCGGGCUGAUUGGGCCAAUGAAAAUAUGCAAGAAAGGAAGCUUACUUGAAAAUGGGAGACAGAAAGAUGUUGACAAGGAGUUCUACUUGUUUCCCACUGUAUUUGAUGAGAAUGAGAGUUUACUCUUGGAUGACAACAUUAAGAUGUUUACAACCACACCUGAUCUGGUGAAUAAGGAAGACGAAGACUUUCAGGAAUCCAACAAGAUGCACUCCACGAAUGGAUUCAUGUACGGGAACCAGCCUGGUCUGAACAUGUGCCAGGGAGAUUCGGUGGUGUGGUACUUGUUCAGUGCCGGGAGCGAGGUCGAUGUCCACGGCAUUUACUUCUCAGGACACACCUUCCUGUCAAAGGGGGAACGGCGCGACGCCGCGAACCUCUUCCCUCACGCCAGCCUCACGCUGCUCAUGCAGCCUGACACCACAGGGACCUUUGAUGUCCUGUGCCUCACGACGGAUCACUACACAGGAGGCAUGAAGCAGAAGUACACGGUGAACCAGUGCAAGCGGCAGUCUGAGGGCUCCCCGGUGUACCAGGGCAAGAGGACCUACCAUGUCGCGGCCGUGGAGGUCGAGUGGGAUUACUCCCCGCACAGGGAGUGGGAGAAGGAGCUGCACCGCUUACAAGAGCAAAAUGUCUCAAAUGUAUUUUUAGAUAAGGAAGAGUUUUACAUAGGCUCAAAGUACAAGAAAGUUGUCUAUCGGCAAUAUACCGACAGCUCAUUCAAAGUUCCGGUGGAGAGGAAAGCAGAGGAGGAGCACCUGGGGAUUCUGGGUCCACAACUUCAUGCAAAUAUUGGAGACACAGUGAAAAUUAUCUUUAAAAACAUGGCGACGAGGCCCUACUCCAUACAUGCCCAUGGGGUGAAGACACAGAGGUCGACUGUGGUGCCAACACAACCAGGGGAAGUUCAAACGUAUGUGUGGGAAGUCCCAGAGAGAGCUGGCGGUGGACCGGAGGACGCGGCCUGCAUACCAUGGGCUUACUAUUCCACUGUGGACCGAGUUAAGGAUCUCUACAGUGGAUUAAUUGGCCCACUGAUCGUAUGUCGGAAACAUGGCACGAAAGUCUUCGAUCCCACGAGGAAACUGGAGUUCUCGCUUCUGUUUUUGGUGUUUGAUGAGAACGAAUCGUGGUACUUAGAUGACAACAUCCAAACAUACUCUGAUCACCCCGAGAAAGUAAACAAAAAUGAUGAUGGAUUCAUAGAAAGCAAUAAAAUGCAUGGCAUCAACGGGAGAAUGUUUGGGAACCUGCAUGGCCUCACCAUGCACGUGGGAGACGCGGUCAGCUGGUACCUCUUGGGGCUGGGCAAUGAGGUAGAUUUGCACACGGUGCAUUUCCACGGCCACAGCUUCCGAUACAAGCACAGGGGCAUUUACAGUUCUGAUGUCUUCGAUGUCUUCCCUGGGACGUAUCAGACCCUAGAAAUGGUUCCCCAGACACCCGGGACCUGGCUUCUCCACUGUCAUGUGACCGAUCAUAUCCACGCUGGGAUGGGAACGACCUACACCGUCCUGCCAAGUGAAGCUCUCCUUCAAAGUGCACAGCAGCCUGUCUCUGUGUAAACAUAUACACCUGCACUUCCUAAAAGCAAAAACAUCAUGUGUACAAGUACAAUGCCAUUGUCAAGAUCAGCAGAGCUGUAACAAGGAUGAAAAGACCUUUCUCAAAUUUUACCCCUCACCUUACUUGCAUUUUUGAUACAAGAAGAAAAUCCAAGGACAUGUGCUGUAUGAUAAGAUGUGUCUGAAGUCUCCCUCCCCCACAAGGGUCCCUCCUGCUUUGUGACCUUCACACUCUAAGUACCGUCAGCAACUGCACGGGACGUCCUACAUGCUGGGUCUGCCCUCAUCAUGGGGUCCGGGUUUAGUGUUUUGGCAAGACUAUCAAGAAGAGAUGUCUUUCUCCCCACCACACUGGUUUGCUGCGUGGCUGGGAAGCUUGGAGAUGGCCUCUGCCAGCCUUCUCCCUCCGGAUUAGUGCUUCAAUGAGAAUCUCAUAGGAAGGAACUCAUUUUCCAAUUAAGGCCUUACUACAACAAGGGAACUUUUUUAUUUAUUUUUGGUUGUGGGCUUGAAUUCGGGGCCUGGGAGCUGGCCUGAGCUCUUUUGCUCAAGGCUA